AUGCAUGUUCCCUGGUCGAAAGAACAUAAAUAUCUCUCCGUUCCACGUGGUGAAGAUGGAGAAAUGAUAAUGAUGUUGAACACCCCUCAGCCCGACGAUACAGAUGAACUCGUCCAAGUGCACAUGUACUUAAUGACCCGAUGCACGUACCGAGUCUCUAUUGCUUACCAUUGGAAGGGUACCAUGUCACAGGUGAUAUCAAUGUACAUCUUCCAACUACCGACAUACAUCUUGCUGCAAGUUCUCAUGGUUCUAUCAUGGCAACUCAUGAUGCUCGAUGAUCAUCUGUUCUGCCCAGACUUCUCUGCAGCGCAUCUCACCUGGGCACAACCUUACCGAGUUGGUAUCGUUACCAUGGUCGUCAGAUUCAUAUUGAGCUAUUCAACAGACGACAGCAGCCUUUCAUCGAAACUGGGCCUGCCCCUUGAUGACGUGGACACCCUGGAUUCGUGGGGGGCGUGGAACUCUUGCAUGCCCCUCCUCCUCUACCUGCUCGCUUAUGGCAUGGUCGUCUUCCUAGGCAGAUUGAUCGAUUGGUUGUUUUUCAGUGUGGCAAGUUUUGCUGGGAGCAAAGAAAUGACGUUUCCAAGAUGUCGGUUGUUGCAGUAUGCUAUGUUGAUAUUAGGAUUGUUACUAGGUUCUUUGGUCUGCGGUACUCUGGGUAUUUUUGCGUCUAUGCUAGUAUUUGUUAUGCGGAUGGUGGCGAGUGGCGUGGGGGGCAGGACUGAACAACUUUAUCUCUACUCACAUCUAUCAUCAUCAUCAUCAUCAUCUGCAUCAUCAUCAACAAAACCAUCAUCAUCAUCAAGAGCUCCAUCAUUGUUAUCAUCACCGCAAAAGAACAAGUACAACAUCAGUUUCACCAUCUUCCUCCUCCUUCUCAUCACAUUCUCUCUUAAUUCAGUUCCUCUACUCCAGUGGGCUUUUAAUCUCAAUUGGAAUUGCUGGACCCUGCCCGAAGACCCCUCGAAGACCAUGGGAUUGUUGGUUGUCAUGGCGACCAUGCUCUUCGUUUAUGCUGAUUUCCCAAUUUAUGACAGUGAGUUGCUGAGUGUAGCGGGCAUGAUGACGUACGUCUGCUGUGUCCUUCUGCCUCUCUACGCCACCAUCAACAUCUACCGACUCAACUAUUUCCUGGCGGCCAUCUUGUUCUUUGUGGCUACUCCCGCCUCUUUUGUUUACAUAUCCAGGAAGUACAGACUGCCAGAUGAAUGCGAUCAAAGAUCAAAAGUUGAAAUUAGGGAUGGCAACUAUUCCACUGGCCCUGAAGUUGGUGAGGAUGGAGAUAAGAAGAAAGAUUGAGUUAAAUUAAGCAUCGAAAGGUUGAUGAGGACCUUGAUGAUAAUAAAAAUGAAAAUACUUAAAUAAGAUGAUGUAGUUAAUGAUAUUUUCAUCACGUUUUUAGCGUUAUUUGUCAUAACGAUAUAAUUGUUGCAAUAGUUUGUCUGCAUGAUUUUUAUCAUGUUUUCCAUUGACUUUUAUGCCUAGUCUAUUCAUUUAUUUGAGUCGUUGAUCGCUGUUGUGCACAGGUCUUGUAUUUUUAUUACUUUUUUCAAAUGAUGUGUGUUUCAAAUGUGUUCAUUCAAAUAUUUUGCAUACAUUUUUAUGAUUUAUUAUUUCAAUUAGCCAAAUUUUUAUUGUUACGUAAAGUUUGUGACAAUUUGAAGAGUUAUAUUUGAAUAAUCUUAACGUUCAAUUGACUGUAAUUCAAAUUGUACAAUUGUGUUAUGGUGUAGUCUCAAAUUAUUUUAAAUUCUCUCAGAAAAUUUUAAACGUUUUACUA